AUGGAUGGGUUAAUUAAGGAACUGGUUAACGUAGCAUUGGAUCCCAUCGGAGGUCGUGAUGGAGACGAAAGCCGUGCGCAGGACGAUCGCGAUCAGAGGGACGAACGAUCCAGAUCGAGCUGGGCGCAGGUGGUGUCUGGUGAGGGAGAUGACCGUGACGGUUCGAGUUCCGACGCAGAUUACAACGCUGGAGCUUGGAACAAGAGAAAUGAUGGCAAGCAUCCCAUGACACAGGAACAAAGCUACCGAAGAAAUGAUGAGUGGAAUUCAAGAAAAUCGUCCCGCGCAGAGGAAGCCAAAAAUAAUGAUGGUUGGGAAACUGUCGGGAGGAAGCAUCCAAGACAGCAACACAAGAUACAUAGGGACCAGUGGAGCAAUUACAAGCGGCCUCCUAACGAGCAAGAAUACUCAAGUGAUGCUGAGUACGGCGCUGACACAGAACCCUCACAACGAGAGCUUUCUGAUCUCUCGGAGGCUCUUAACAGACUGUGGGAGCUUGAUGGAAACCGUUUAGUACCUGGAAAGGAUUAUGAGAUUGAUUGUGGUGAGGGAAAGAAGGUUUACCAGAAGGAAGACAUGGCAGAAGGAAGCCUAUUUUCCUGGCUGAAUGAAGAAAUAUUCAGGAGGCCUACUUAUUCUCGCUUCUGUUGUCUUCUUGAUAACUAUAAUCCACAUCAAGGGUAUAAAGAAGUUGUAACAUCAGAAGAAAGACAAGAAGAAGAAGCAUUUAUUGAAGAGAUCAGCCGAACUUCACCAAUCAAAUAUCUUUACAAGUAUCUUUUAGCCAAGGGAAUUGUAUCUGGGAAUUAUCAAGAAUUUAAGAGCAAGAUGUUAAGUCUCUGGUUUGAUCUUUGUGGCCGAGGUGGUACAUCUAGCUGUUCUUCUGCUUUUGAACAUGUUUUUGUUGGAGAAAUCAAACGUGGAGAGCAAGAAGUCUCUGGAUUUCAUAAUUGGAUUCAGCCUGAUUCAGAAACACAGUUGCUUACCAUUCAGUUUGAAUGGAAUGGUGUUCUGAAGUCGGUUUCAAGCACGCUAAUUGGGGUGAGUCCCGAGUUUGAAAUUGCUAUUUAUACUCUAUGCUUCUACCUUGGGGGAGAAGAUAACCAUGUUCAACUUGGUCCUUACCCUGUGAACAUUAAGUGCUAUCGUCUCGGGAACAAAAUUGGGUCGGCUUUUCCAGUGGCAGAAUCUUAA